GACGGAAGUUAAAGAGGAACUCCAGAAAUCUAACAUUAACCUUGGCCUUGCCUAUCUUGCUCCUACAUCACUUACUUCACGUGGUAAAUGCUGUUCAAAAGUUACAAUUAAAUGUUAACUAUGGAGUUUACUAAAAGUACCUAGACAAGUUAAUUAUCAAAAUAAAUGUUCCUAGCAAAACAAAAGAAUUUCUAUGACGUCAAAUAUUUUUUUGAAUAACAAUGCGUUCUUGCAUACCUUGCCCAAGUAAAGCGCUCGCUUAGCAAAUAGUUUAAAAAUAGCUACACAAGUUUUUGCACGGUAAUGUACGUAUAAAGGAAUUUAGUCAGUACCGUUAAUUGGAAAAACGCGAUGGGGGUGCGAGGUCAGCUGAGUGGGUUUCCCUCCUCCCAUAAUAGGCACGAUACGAUCUGAGGGCUCCGGCUCAGUCGGCGGCGUGCGGGGCUCCAGGGCGCACUGGCUGGCCGCUCGCCGCCGCUCCAUGCCGCCGAGCCAUGGGCUGCACGAGCAGCGCGCCCUCCACCCUCGCGCCCACCGCGCCCGCCUCGCCCGCGUCGCACGUCCACGCCACAGUGCAAACGGAGUUAAUGGAUAUCUCUGAAGAUAGGAUGCAAUUGGCAGAGAUGAAGGACGAGUCUGUUUCAACGGAGCUUCCAGUCUGUGAUACGGUGGAGGAGGCCGUGUUGUCGGCGGCCGCGGGCGGGGUGGUGGUGGCGGUGAGCGCGGCCGCCAUUGCUGAAGCCGCAGAUAUGCCCAGCCCAGGCCCAGAGCCUGACACACUUCCACCAAUAGAAGUACACAAUGUAGAAGUACCUGAAGCUACAGCGGAAAGCCCCACAGCUGAAGACAAGCCGGCAUCAGAGUCAGACGAAAAGUUAACAAGGCUGGAAGAAGUAGUUGAGAAAGUAGUAGAGUUGCAUGUGGCGGGAGAGCUUGAAGCUACCAGCGCCGAGGCGACGACUGAAGAGGCAGAGGCUCAGGGUGCUCCGAGUGAAUCUCAGCCCGAGGAGGCCGAGCAGGAAAGUGACGAUGAGGCUGAAGAGGAGCCGGCGAGCCCGAGCCAGUCGGCCAGCAGCCGCGCCACGCGCUGGGAGGCGCUGGCCGAUAUCGCCGCGGAGCUGCCGCCCUCGCUCACCGUCGACCCGCUCACCGGGCAGAUCUACGCACUCUCCAAAUAAUGACGAGCUACCGGACUCCUUUCUCAUGUUUUUUAUUGUCUAUGGGUGGGAAUGGUAGUACCUGAGGGUAGAACGUUGGAGUGUGACCGCCACAACGCCAUGGCAUUCAGAUAAUUUUCAGAUGCUUUUCUGUUUUUUUAUUGUCUAUGGAUGGAAUGAACGUUGGAGUGUAAACUCCAUGGCGUGAAGACUUCUUUAAGAUGUUUUUAAUUGUGGAUGGGAAUGGUUGAAGUUAGUUAAACGUUGGAGUGUGUGCCUGGCAUAAAACACGUAUAAAUUUGUAUGAUAAAAAUGCCCCAAUCUUCAAAGUACAUAACUGAGUAGCUUUGAAAAACAUGGUAGAGAAGACAAAUGAUGAGAUGCUUGGAGAAAACACCUACAUAUUAAAUUAGUGUUUUUGAAUGAAAGUUGACAGUAUUAUAAACAAUUUUAUAAAAUACCUAGUUAUCUCUUUCAAUUUCAAUUGUUAUUGUAAUUAAUUAGAAAUAAUUUAUUCUAAUAAAUCUAAAUGUACUGUUUACUUAU